CCUCACUGAGCCCUGGGAGCCACCGUACAAAACAAAGACAUUGACGGAUACUACACGGCGACAGAUGGUUGCAGACAUGAUGGAAGUACAUGGCAAUCCAUACUCUGGAAACGGAUAUGAACACUACUAUGAUGCAGAGAGUGGGUCUGGCUACCUGGCUUGGAGGAUAAAGACCGUCCAGCGUAACACUGCAGUUCAAUCCCAGAGAUGCUCCACCAGCACUACGUAUGGUCCAAAGAGCAAGAGGGAUUUUCUCCUGGCUGACAAGCAACUGUUCGGCAAGGAAUGCCGUGAGGCAAUAUCCUUAUUGAAACAUUCAACUGAUGUGUCAGUUGUCAAAGAUAAGAUGAUGGCAACAUUUCAAUGCCGCCAGACGCUAGUUCAGGACCAGCAAAACUCUGCAACAGUCUUGGAUGUGUUCCCGCGGUUUCUCGACAUUCCCGGCUUGAUUGACCAAGAUUUCACCAUGAUGUUUGGAGAAGAGGUUUCCGGCAGAUUUUUGGCAAAAUGGCCGACGUACUUCAAACCCAGAUUCCUGGCAGACUGCAAGAACCGGGCUUCUAACGAGCAUGUUGAAGAACUCUUGUCUGCGCAGCAAAACUCAAAUGAGUCUGGCUGGGACAGGGACCUGUCAAGCAUUCUACUGCUGGUUCACCUGCUCCCCCCUACCUCAAAAGGCCACAAGAAGAGUGCUAAAAUCAGCUCAUAUCAAGCUGUCAACCAUGUGGUGAGAUAUCUCAAGAUUGGAGCCAGUGUAGAGACCUUCUUAGGGAGCUUGGAACCAGGACAGCCCUUCUUCCUCUGUGUUGGUGAACAGAAGAACAGCAUUCAGAGGUUCUAUGUCAUUGUUGACCAGAAGGCCAUCCCUUGCAAGGCGCAAACAUCCCUGGCUGCUUUUGAUGAGCUUUUCAAGGCAUACUUCAUCUUCAGUGUUAACUACCACGAAUCCCUCAACAGCUUCUACACAUUCAUCCUAACCACGGUGUUUAAAAUCGAUGUGGGAAGUGCCAAGGAAAGUCCCAGAGUAAAGGAGCUCAGAGCAAGGCUGUUGCACACCAAUACUUGAGGUGAUACACAUCCUUGUUUGCAAAUAUGCUGAUAUGUUUUAUUUGUAAGGCACACCAGAAAUGUUCUGCAUUGCUUUGUCAGCAUUUGAGACUUCACCAUGGAUUAUAUCCAGGAAAGACAUUACGUUUGAAAUGUGGACAACCGGGAUGUUCUUUAUCAUUUUGUACGUAUUCAGGGUUCAAAAAACACCUUGUUCGUUUGCACAAGGACACUUGUUCACCAAAUACUAUUAACAAUGUGGAUGCUCAAAAUGAAGGUGAUGAGCCUUCAAGUUCUCAGGCAGUUGGUACCAACACUCCAGUAACUAGCUGUUCCUUGCUCCUUUCUGUUGACAAGCAUCAUUUGUUAAACCUGUGUGGAUAUGUUGUAGUACAAUUGCAUGCAUCAGGUGUUGCUGAGUGCACUGUCCAAGCAAUGGUAGGAUCAAUGGAAGAGCUUGUAAAUGACAUUCAUAAGCAAACAAGAGAAGCUGUUUUAACUCGAUCUAGUGUGGACCAAUAUAGACACUUUUAAAGUGUUGAAUUUAACUGUGUAGGUGUUGAAUUAGCACUGCUGAUUUUGCUGUGCACACAUUUAUCAUUGACAGAAAAGAAAAAUCUCUUCAGCAUCAGCAAACACAAAGCAAGCAGACAAGAAAACGUGACAAGUAAACUCACAGCAGCUUGAAAACAAGAUAAAGAGUCUACAGCCACAGAGCGCAGCAUUGCUUUGAGCUAAAUGCUAACACGGGAUGCUGAAAUGUUCACAAUGAGACAGUGACAAUCAGUGACGUCGUCACCAUCUUAGUUCAACAUUUGCUAAUCUGCAAAGUACAGCUGAAGCUGAUGGUGAUGUUAUUCAUUUUGAAUGGUGAUGUUUUCAAAUUUUGACCUGAUCAUGGUGCUAGAUAAAAAUUUAAAAGAUCACCAAAGUGAUUAAUUCAUCCUGUGAGGGGCAUGAAUGUGAGUACCAAAUGUUAUGGCAAUCAGUUCAAUAGUUGUUAGUUACUCAAAACCACUUGCCAGCCUCAUGGCUGCACUAGAGGAAACGUCCAGGUAUGCCCAAAGUCAUUAGGACUAAUCGUUUGGGAACCAUGAAUGUCAAAUUUUGUGCCAAUCCAAAAGAUGAUGAGAUGUUUCACAGGAUAACUGAAAACAAGGGGCUUGUCAGGGGAUAACAAAGGUCAGCACGAUUCAUCUGCUGGGAACCAUGAAAGUCUGUAGAAAUUUGAAAAGCAAACUAUUCUCUAGUUGCUCAGAUGUCUCAGUCUGGACCAAAAUGGUGGGCUGACCGAUAUGUGGUGGACUGACAUGUAUAUAUGUGACAAGGCAAGAGGCUUUGGAUAAUAGCACCAAAAAUGUUCAUAAUUAUGCGCUUCGUAAUGCUAUAUGAAUCCAAGCAAUGGUUUGAAUAAUAACAGCUACCUAACUAACUUGUGCAACCUCUUUUAAAUUCUAUCAGUGUCAUGCAGAAGAGCAUCAAAGAAACAUAAUAGUAUUAGAAUAAACUGAUUGUUCCACAU